UCGCGCAAGUGCAUCGAGAAACGGCGAAGGAAACAGCGCGAAUUCCACCGUGGAGCCGUAGGUUCCGAUCGUCGCAAGCAGUGAAUCAUCAUUUGAUACGAAGAACCUUUCCUAUGUCGAUCCGCUUCUUCGCAAAGAUGUCCGUUGAUAGUACACGAGAAUCCAAGUUAGUCGAUGCAGUAUCCAUUACAGAUGCAGAGUUGACCAAGACUACCGAAAUUACAGCGAUGCGAGUUAACGAGGAAUAUCGGGCUCUUUUAAAGCUUACGAUCGACUUGCAUGCAAACAUUGAGGACAAACUUUCCGUAGAGCACAUCGAAACGCUGAGAGAAAUAGAAAUACAGUUGAAGAAAUUUCAUUGCACUUUCAACUCGCAAGAUGCACAUUUCGACGAUGGUAUAGUCCUUGCGCAGAUUUAUUUAAAAUUAUCCGAAAUAUAUGGCAAAGAUAAUAAAAAGGAAAGACUAUACAUCGCCAGAGAGUACGCUAUGCAAUGUGUCAAAUUGGUGGAGGGCAAAGAACUAGAUCGCAAAGUUAUCAUCACAGCUGUGUUAGCAUUUUUUUCGUUGCAAAAUAUUUCGAUACAACUACAGAAUUUAGAGGAAAUGGAACAAUUUGCGCGUAAACUGCAUAAAUUAUAUUGGACGUACACAGGGGAAAAGGAGGACUAUCCUGCUCCUAUCGAUGUUCCUGCUGUCAUUGGCAUCGAAACCAAGGGAAAUGAUGAAACAUACACUAUACAUGUAAUGGACCAAACAUAUUUAUAUGCCUUACAAAGUAUGUUAUAUUAUUAUUAUUGCUGCUCCGAUGAAUCUUCGUCAACGGAAGAUGAGGACUACAAUAUUGUAUUGAUAACAUGCGAACAUAAGAUACUGAAGAAGAUGUUGAAAACAUCAUUAUUACCUGUGGAUUAUUACGGUUGGGUCUCAUUUGCGUCCAACUUAUCAAUAGAGUUUUCAAAGCGCAGACGUUUUAGCGAGGCUAGAAAUCACCUCGCUGUUGCAUCUCUUGUCGUGAAGAAAUUUCAUGAUGAAAAAUAUAUAAAAAUCGACGAAAAGGAGAACCAGGAAAGGAGAGCUACAAUAUGCAACGAAUUCACCGAUAUUUCCGCUCUUCUUGCUGUAUCUUGGGCGAAAUAUGGAAACACGCUGUUGCGCUCAUCGGCAGAACGAUUGUUGCAUGAGGAAGACGUAACAAACUUCGCAACGCAGUCACCGAAAUUACUAUUUGCCAAUUUAGAAACUGAGUUACAAGAUUUCACCGAUUUGAUCGGAGAUACGUACAUCGUUGAUUACAAAGACGCUAAAACGGUGUUUCGACGUGUUAUCAAGUGGCUUGAAGAGGCAAGGAAACAUAUAGUUAGUGGAAAACACACAAAAAUAUAUAUAGAACUUAGUCGGAAUAUUUUUAAAGCUUACAAAUAUUUCGCGUACUAUGAGCGAGAGAAAGACGAUCGGAUAAAACUUUACAAACAACGCAAAGAUACUUUACAUGAUAUCUUGAAGUCAUUAAAUGUAGAUGAUAAUAUCGAUGCUCGCAAGAAUAUUUUGCGUCUACUGUUGCUUGCUUCUUAUUCUCUGCUGGAUAUCAUGACUGAAGACUUAGAACCAUAUGAUACACUCAAUGCGAAGCUUUCAGUAGAAAUUGAUAAAUUAGUCAAACAGAUCGUUCACAUUUCCGAAACAUAUAUGUAUACAAUAGGUAAGCAAUGAGUGAGCGAACUGGAAGUAUGCCCAAAAAUAUCUCUCAUUCAUGUUACAUCAAUCAUGUUACAAGUGUAAAGUUACCGCUUCAUAUAUAUUGUGUUGCGUUUAUUAAAGUUAUGUAAUAAUAUUGCCUCAGCGGAGGUACAUGAUUUGA